UAUGGUUAAUUCCUAGAUUCAUUUUCUUCGGCGCGGAUUCGCGCGGAAUCUGCUCUGCUCCGGCCGUUUUGGCCGUGGGGAAUGGCGAGUAGGCAGGGUGCCUUGCCGCGUCCAUCCCGUUUCCCGGCCUAUCCCUCGUGGAGCCACCGGCGGCGCCGCCACGAGAGGAGCUCGAGGGGCUGCUGUUUUUCUCCCCUCUUUGCUGCCGCUCCUGAUUCCUGCCACCGGUCCGUCAAUUCGCUGCCCCGCUGGCCCCUGCACCUACCUCCGACCGAAUUCCCAGCGAAAUGCGCGUGUCCCAUGCACUGUUUCGCCCGAGGCAGCAACGGGCAGGAUUAGAGCGAAUCGCCCCUGAUUAGCGCUGAUGCGCGUAUAUAGACAUUUAAACGCGGAUUCUGCUGCAUCUUGCUACCAGAUCUGCAGAAUAUUGGUGCGGAUGGCAUCCAGAUAUUUCGGUAUGCCUUUUGGGCCCUGAUCUCUGCACCUCGGCCGUUACCACUCAUUUUAGAUUCGUAGAAUCCGCCAUCUUUUCUGGCGCAGCUGCCUUUGUCAGCUACCCGUUAGUACUAGUUUUGUUUGAAAAGCUGCACCAAAAUUGUAGUCCCCGAUUUUCAUUGAGAAACACAAACAGAAUUACUCCAGGUCGUGAUUAGGCCUAGCAACACCAAUUGCAUAUCUUUUUCCCGGGUAACACUAAUUGGCCUUUGAUGACAGGCAAUCUUUCAGUUUAGAGGCAGGCCGAUGCCGUGGCCGUUAUGACUAGCACAGAAAAUCUCUUUUUCCAACGAAGCACGGCAGGCGGAGCCAUAUGCUUCUCGUGCUCAAGUCGUUGGGAUACUAUCAUAUCAUCAUAAGAAAGAAAAAAAAGUUAGGCCGUUCCUUUCAGCACGUCGCGUCGCACGCGCUGGUCGGCGGCGGCGGCGGCUGGCGGGCUCGUGCGCGCUGCUCCUGACCUAGAAAAAGUCACCGUGAUUCACGACCCCGUCAGAUAUCCUGUCGCCGGCGCCUGGACGGUGGCGAUUGUCCCCUUCCGUUUCGUCACCCCACGACCGCGUGCCUGCGCUAAGGUACAGAAAAGCCUGCGUGGGCCAGAAAGAGCCUGCGCAAUAUUUGGCGGAUCCAGGCCCACAGCCACAGGGCGGGCCUGCACCGCCUCUUUUUUUUCUCAUUUCCGGCCGCAGACAGCUUAGCUGGACGCGCACAAGCGACCAAAGGCGCAGAUCUGGGUGCCCAUGGGCCCUCGUCCACCUUGGAUGGCACCGCGCUCUGUACUUGCCCUGUAGGCAGCCGUGGUAGGUAGUAGCCCGUAUGCGCGCCCUGUUGCCGCGCUAUGGUCCUCCUAAUCACGCGGAGCCAGCAGUCCUAAUCGGUCGCCUACAGCCGUGUAAUCCAGGGUUAAUGCCUGCCGCGAAUUAGCAGGCCAGUCCUAAUCAAUCGGCUAGCGGGGGUUUAUUGCCAUGAAUCAGUAAAGUUGAACAUCGCAAUCCGGAGCUGCCUGUAUUAUGGUUUAUGGUUUGGCCGUGGGACUUCUCUUUCUGUCUUGAAAGCUACUCCGUGUCAAGAUGGCAUCUGAAUCGGAAGUCCACCUACCGUGUCAAGAUGCGCGCUGUUCAACGUGAUGAUCACGUGGUGCCUCGUUUUACUGCUGUUCCUUGGUCUCGGUCGCCCACUGCUGCGCUGAGGUGAGCUGCGGUGGGGAGGUGUGCUCCAGACGAGGGGUGGUAGGUGGGUGACUCGGCUCUGACUGAAUAUGUCUUGGUCGUAGUACAGAGGCGGGAGAGAGAGACGUAUUCGUCCAUAUUGGCGUUCUACUUGAAGAGACGGCCGAUGGCUUAUAUUUGACCGUCCAAGGUGUGUCUGGUAGGAUUUGAUCACCUUAUCUUACUAGAUAUGUACAUGCGUGUGAGCCGGACUCUCGGUGCACUGCCUCAUUUUGAACGAGUUUCUUGCGCAUAUCUUUGCUUUACUUGACCAUUUGAUCGGUCACCUUAUCCCUGUGUUUUACUGAAGUACGGCAGCCGAUUGUCUGUGAUUGUUCAGAGGCAUGGGCUGGGCGGAUCUGAAUUUCGCUUAGCAGCAGUGCAUGUGAAGCAGCUACGGUGCACGAACCCGAAAGGGAAUCUGAACAUGCCAUUGGGCUCGCACAUGCCGCGAUCCCCCCACUUGGCAUGUCAUCUAGGAAUAUUUUAUCUCUUUUCUUCAGAGGGAAAGGGAUAUUUUUGAAGGGAGGAAUAUUUUAUCUUGUUAGCAUCGGGGCACGCCACCACCACCACUGGCGAUGAUAUAACACCCCCUCGUGUUUUCCUUGCGUCGCUGCCCCUGUCGUGCGCCAGCAGAACUAGAGUAAACAUCAUGGGUGCUGGCGGCAGGAUGACGGAGAAGGAGCGGGAGAAGCAGGAGCAGCUCGGCCGCGCCAACGGCGGCGCAGCCUACCAGCGCUCGCCGACGGACAAGCCGCCGUUCACGCUGGGUCAGAUCAAGAAGGCAAUCCCGCCUCACUGCUUCCAGCGCUCCAUCAUCAAGUCCUUCUCCUACGUGGUCCAUGACCUGGUCAUCGUCGCGGCCCUGCUGUACGCGGCGCUGGUCUGGAUCCCCACCCUCCCGAGCGUGCUGCAGCUGGGCGCCUGGCCGCUCUACUGGGUCGUGCAGGGCUGCGUCAUGACCGGCGUCUGGGUCAUCGCGCACGAGUGCGGCCAUCACGCCUUCUCCGACUACUCGCUGCUCGAUGACACCGUCGGCCUGGUGCUCCACUCGUGGCUGCUCGUCCCCUACUUCUCGUGGAAGUACAGCCACCGUCGCCACCACUCCAACACCGGGUCGCUGGAGCGCGAUGAGGUGUUCGUCCCCAAGCAGAAGGAGGCGCUGGCGUGGUACACCCCUUACAUCUACAACAACCCCGUCGGCCGUCUGGUGCACAUCGUCGUGCAGCUCACCCUCGGGUGGCCGCUGUACCUGGCGCUCAACGCCUCAGGCCGCCCGUACCCGCGGUUCGCCUGCCACUUCGACCCCUACGGCCCGAUCUACAACGACCGGGAGCGAGCCCAGAUUUUCAUCUCAGACGUCGGAGUGCUGGCCGUGUCAUUGGCUCUGCUGAAGCUCGUGUCGUCGUUCGGGUUCUGGUGGGUGGUGCGGGUCUACGGCGUGCCGCUGCUGAUCGUGAACGCUUGGCUGGUCCUGAUCACCUACCUGCAGCACACCCACCCGGCGCUGCCGCACUACGACUCGACGGAGUGGGACUGGCUGCGGGGGGCGCUGGCCACCAUGGACCGCGACUACGGCAUCCUCAACCGCGUGUUCCACAACAUCACGGACACGCACGUGGCGCACCACCUCUUCUCCACCAUGCCGCACUACCACGCCAUGGAGGCCACCAAGGCGAUCAAGCCCAUCCUCGGCGAGUACUACCAGUUCGACCCCACCCCCGUCGCCAAGGCCACAUGGCGCGAGGCCAAGGAGUGCAUCUACGUCGAGCCCGAGGACCGCAAGGGGGUCUUCUGGUACAGCAACAAGUUCUAGCCGUCAAGAUCCAUCAACGGUGCUCGAGAAAGAACUCAGAGAAGAGAUCCUACCAAGUAAUUCCAUCCAUCUACCUACAGUCAUAUGGUUAGUCUUUAGAUAGCAGAGGGCAUUUGGGCACAAAAGAAGACUACUAUUACCGUGCCAGUGCUAGAAGAGCUGAGUGGUGCAAGGAAGAGUAGCGUGUCCGUGACUUUGGUCAGUUCCGUCUUUACUUUUUCUCUGUGUUCCAGUCGUCGGCUUAGGUUUGGCCGGCUGUCGUCGUCGGUGUCCGUGACCGUGGACAUGGCCGCGUGUGUUGUGUGUGCGUCUGUCAUUGCAUUGGCGUCAUCUCCCCCCGUCCGUGUCAUGUUGUUGUAGACCAUUUCGUGUUUAUGGCGGAAUAACUGAUCGUCGAAGGAAGGGCAACUUUUUUGAGUA